GGAUGUGUCAUGCCGUUCAAAGACCUUUUGAUGUAUGGGCCUUGAUGUUACUGCCUUCAUACUGUCGGGUGCCUUCAAGGUCGUGACCGAUAUUUUCUGGAGAAGGACUGUCAUGGCUGUCUGCUCCUUGCCUGCCCGUUCGGCCCUACGUAGCGGCUACGUACCGCUCCAGUGGACUGCGCCAACCCCGGAAGGUACCUGAAGCUAUGAUGCAUUGCAUUAUCGAUUGACCUCCAUGUUCGCUAUCUCCCGUUCGCGCGCAACCUCAAAUUGAAGUCCUCAACUCGUUCCGUAAACAAACGACCCCGAGACCGAAGACAGUAAACACAUUGGGCGCAACACUUGCAACCAUGGAUUCCGACAUUCCCAUCCAGAUCGCCGAGACUAUCCAAACAGCGCACAUCAAGCGCGAGCCCUCCCCUUCGCACGACAUCAACCCCUCUACCGCCGCCUCCAAGCGCGAGCCCGCGUCCCUCCAGACCCAGACCAGUCACAGUCAACAUCAUAACUCACUAAUACCCGACGACGGGAUCGACGAGGACGAUGACGAGGAUGAAUACGCACAGUCGGAAACAGAAACGGACGAGGAGAGCGACUACAACGUGGUCAAGUCCCGGCCCCGGCGCAACAUCCACCAACUACCCCCGAUCCCGGACCUGCGGUACGAGCAGAGCUACCUGCACAGUAUACGUAAUGCAGAUACGUGGUGGAAGGUGGUGUUGAUUACGGCGAGGGAUCAGGUCAUGAUGCCCCUAGUCCAAGGUCUCCUCUACAACAUCCUAGUCUGCGGCUGGCAGUCCUGGAACCGAAACGCCCAGAUCCACGGCUCCUCGAUCGGAGCCCGGGUACGGCGCUGGUGGUACGGGGUCAACAGCUGGGAGAUUCCCCCUGCUCCCGGUCCCUCUCCUUCUGUUAAGCGAUAAGCCAUGACACAUGAUUCUGGACCCAUUCUUAUACUUUUUUUUCUUCUCGUUCGUCGGAAACCAUAUAGGUCGCAAAAUGUACGCAUCUUUCAGACUCGCCGGUCCAGCAGCUGGAAUCUUAAAGGCAACUUCGGCGGAGGCGGUGGCUACGGAGGAAAGGAGGGGAGGAAGAUGGUGGAGGCGUUCAACCAGAACUUUCAGAGGGAGUGUGGUUUCGCUUGAGUGGACGGCAAGACGGAUGGAUGUGGGAAAGGGGAUGAAGGAUGGAUGGUCUUUACCUUGCUGCAUUGCAUGGUGUUGCGGAUGGCAUCGAGAGGAAUAUUAUAACUUGAGCGUUCAUGACAAGUUGGGAAGAUUGGUGUUGUCAACCAGCCAACACAUAUCCGACUGGUUAUAUGCCCGUUGGGUAAGAGACUGUCACAUGCUGUGCACACUCGUUACUCAAGUGAACUCAAGGAUUAAGAUGCUAUCAUAACAC